AUGCGCAAGGUUUGGUUACAGCAGACGCGCAUCGGUCUCUCGUUGUACGACUACACUGGCCAGGGCUUCUUGAGCGAGUCCGACAUGGAGUCUUACAUUCUGGAGUUGAUACCGACCUUUCCACAGUUGGAAGGGUUGGAAAAGUCAUUCCAUAGUUUCUACGUUUGCACGACGGUGCGCAAGUUUUUCUUCUUUCUCGAUCCAUUGCGCACUGGCCGCAUUCGGAUACGGGACGGGCUUACGUGCAGCUUUCUGGACGAUCUGCUCGAACUGCGCGAUGAAGAAAUUCCGAAGGAUGCACAAGAGUUGAACUGGUUUUCGGCACCGUCGGCACUGUCUGUGUAUGGGCACUAUCUUAACCUCGACAAAGAUCACAACGGGAUGCUAAGCAAGAAGGAACUGAUCGGGUAUGGAUCGGGCACGCUAACGCCCAUCUUUCUCGAGCGUGUGUUUGCCGAAUGUCUUACAUACGACGGUGAGAUGGACUACAAAACGUAUCUCGACUUUGUGCUGGCGCUCGAAAAUCGUUCCGAGCCGCAAAGUUUGCACUACCUGUUUCGCAUCCUGGACGUCGAGCAUAAGGGCUAUCUGACGGCAUUUACGCUGAACUAUUUUUUCAAGGGCAUACAGGAGGAACUCUCCGCCCACCGGGCCGAACCGAUAAACUUCGAUGAUGUCAAGGACGAAAUUUUCGACAUGGUUAAACCGGCUGAUCCGACCCGUAUCACGCUGAAGGAUCUGAUCAGCUGCGGUCACGGUGAGACGGUCGUUUCCAUACUGAUCGAGUUCCACAAGUUCUGGGCGUAUGAAAACCGGGAGGUGAUGGUAACUUCGACCGCUAGUGAUGAUACGCACAACUUAUGA